AGACGAUGCUGGCAGCGGAGCUGCGGUGUCACUGCAUUCAGACUGUCACAGGAUUAAUGUUGCCAAAGCGCCUGGCCAACGUAGAAAUCAUUCCUAAGGGCCCACACUGCAACACUGUGGAAAUCAUAGCAACACUGAAGAACACCCAGCAAGUCUGUUUAGAUCCCCACGCCAAAUGGGUGAAGAUGAUAAUUAACAGGAUUCUACAAAGGGGUCAGUAUGAACAGCAGGAAGCCAAUUGGUACAAAAGCGAAAAAUCUGCUCUAAAACAUGAGAGAAAGCACCAGCGUGAGUUGCAAGAAAGCCCACAAGACUUCCCCUGGGAGAACGCGGGGCUGGAGCUGAGAAGGACGAAGGGCAUCGAUGCUCGCCUGUGUGGCUCCGACUCGGUGUCGGCUUUGCCCACGCCACAUUUUUGGCAGGAACAGGCGUUCCUGCGAAUCAGAGG